CGUGGCUCAAAAUUUACAAGCCACGCCUAGAUUAAUUCAAAAUGCUGUAUAUCUGGAGGACAACUAGAAAUGUCUCCUUUAUUUCUUCUUUUUUAAGUGCUAGUGGAUCUGUUGCUAUAAAACAAGAUGGUCAACUUCUAUACAAACCUCCAGCCAGUCGAGAAGUCCUACCAUUAGCUUACUAUGGACGUCACUUCUCUUCAUCUUCAGGCAGCAAAAAAGAUCUUUAUUCACGUCUUGGUCUCACUUCAAAAGCUACCCAAUCACAGAUAAAAGAAUCCUAUUACAAACUAUCAAAGAAGUAUCACCCCGAUCACAACAAAGGCAGUCAAGAAGCUAACGCAAAAUUCCAAGAAAUCACCGAAGCUUACUCAAUACUUGGACGUAACAAUCUGAGACGAAAAUACGACAAAGGUCUUUUACGUGAGCACCCUCUACCUCAUUAUAGCUCCAGCCAAUGGGACUUUAGUCAAGCCCCCAGUACAAGAACUAAAAGUACUGUGUAUGACUUUGAUGCGUUUUAUCAAGCUCAUUACGGAGAGGCAUUGAGGCGAGAGCAGAGAGCUAGGGCGAAAAGAGCCGCAAAGAAAGAAUCGUCUAGAGAUCGAAUAAUAGACGCUCAACAGCGAAUGAUAAUCAUUGGUAUUGCAUGUUUUCUAGUAUUAUUUGCUUUUCACCUUGGAAUGGCUCAGUAUGGGGAGAAUCUGAAGCAGAGCUAUAGGAAGUCUGGCAAAAAAUAACGAAAUAUUGUUUGUAAUCCUUUGGCUUUUUAUUUCUGUAUAAUCAAUGGAUCAUAUUAUUGAAUGUUCACAAGUCUAAA